UAACGCGCACAUGUGUCAAAUCCAUACAGGACGCAUGCGCUCUAGCGUUGAAAGCGUAAACCGCUAUGUGCGCAUCUAGACUACGCAGUUUGCGCAGUGUCGUAUUCCCGGAUGAGGAUUGGUUGAAAUUGCAUUCCAUGCGGGAAGACAACGUCCCUCAAACACUGCAAGUAACAUCGACUACAGAGGGCAUUUUUGCAUUACUUUGCUUUUAAAGCACUCACGGCUUCUCUGAAUAUUGGGCAAGAUGGUUAGAUUGGACCUUGGUGAUGUACAUCUGCGCAGGAUGCAGGAGAAGGACAUUGAUGCUGUAAAGGCUCUCAUCAAGGAAGGAUGUGAGGGAACAGAGAACCGCCUGAUUCUUUACCUUCUGACUCGUCCUCUCGCUCUCCUCAUGCUGGCCAUACUCUCCUCCAUCCUCCGCUGUGUACUGCACUCUUUUAUCUUGGCCUUGGUUGCUCCCGUCUUCAUCUUCAUCAUCUACCUCAAACUCACCAUACCGCGGUCGGUGGGCAUCUUGGGCUCCAGCAGGCCAUACUGGGACUACAUGGGUAGCAGUUACCAAGCAGACACAGAGCCAGAUCUAUCCAAUCCUCACGCUGGCAGAGCCAAACUGGAGAAAACCAGACGGCGUAAAAAACCCAAAGAAAAGGAGAAGGACAAGACAACCGAGAGAGAACAUGUGGAUGAGGAUGAGCUGAAGGAGAGGGCGAAGGUUGCUGGUGAGGUGUGGGUGGCGGACUCUGAUGGGGAGAUUAUGGGAUGCGUGGCUAGAGACGGUUGGAGUCGGGACGGUGUAUGUAGGAUCUGCAGGCUGGUGGUCCAGAGUUGGUACCGCAGAGAGGGACUGGGUAGACUGCUGGUGCAGGGACUGGAGUCCAGAACAAAGCAGAGUGGCAUACGCCGGGUCUAUGCCCAUGUGCCAUUUCCAUCCAAAGUGGGAGAAGCUUUCUUCAGGAGGCUGGGUUAUCGUCUGCAGGGCGAGACUGCAGGGACUACUGGAGAGGAGGAGGAGGAGGAUGAUGAUUAUGAGGAGCCAGAGAAGGGUUGGUUGGGUUUCCCUUUAACUAAAGUGUUUGUUAAGGAUCUAUAAGUCACACUGAAACAGGAACGAAAGGCUUUCUUUGCUAGACAAGGCAACACAUAAUUUAACAAAUAUUCUGGGUUCAAUACACAUUAUGCUCAAUAAACCUGUGGUGUAAUGUUAAUGGUGACCACAAAAAAACAUUUAAAAAACAACAUCUCCAAGAUGCUCCCAAGAGACCUACCCACAAAGCUACAAUACUGUUAAAAGUUUUUCAUGUUUUAGGCACUUGUGUAAAAAUGCUGUAAAAUUAGGAUGCUGUCAAAAAUAUUUUUUUUUAUAAAUUAACUUCUAUUAACUAUAAACUAAUUCAACAUUUGUUGUGACCAUCCUUUGCAUUUAAAGCAGCUUUUGCCCUCGGUGCACUUGCGCAUAGUUUUUCAGUUAGCUUUGCAGGUAGGUCUCUUGAAGCAUCUUGGAGACAUUGCCACAGUUCUUCUGGAUUUAUUCUGUUUCUUCAUGUCAUUCCAGACAAGUGGAUGUCAUUCCAGUGGAUGAUGAUCAGAUCAGACAAAAAUCUCACUGGAUUAUUACAAUUAAUGGCAAAAUGAAUGUUUGGAAAUGUAAACCGAUAUUUCCUACUGACACACUACAGUAAAACAUAGAAAUAACUGACUUAAAACCAUUUUUUAGCUGCUGAAAAUACUACCGUUCUGAUCACUUUGGCCACAACUGUAACUUAGCAAGCAAUUUUUUCAAACUAAGAAUCAUGUUGACAUGCAUAUUGUUUACGUCUUGUGGCUUUACUAUUGAAAAAGUCAAUAUUUUACCACUGGCUCCAUUGUAAGUAACCAAGAUUUUUUUUUUUUUUUUAAGUAGUGAAAUGGAAGUAGUUGCAGAUCUUUGAAUUGUGAUGCACAUCCAAGAGUAACAGAUCGAAAACGAAAAAUUAGUUAUUUUUGAAUAGGAUUAAUUCAUGAUUAUAUCCAUAACAUGCAUUUAAUGGACCAUGUAAGGUUUUGCCACUAUAUAUAAAAAUCAUUUCUAUUGUUAUGUAAGAGCAUUUUAAUGUUUUUGAACGUUACAGAAAUCAUCUCUGGGUUGCGAAGCCUGAGCCUGAAAGGACAAUCAGUCAUUUGACUUGACUUAUUGUUUAUAGCAUGGAUUGCUUUAUUUAUUUAUUUAUUUUGGACAAAGAUAGUGAUUUACAUGUGUUUACCUUGUUUAUUCACCUUAUUUAUUAUCUUGUAUUUAUGAGUGAAUUUGAGGGGUUUUGUGAAAACAUUUUGUACGUUUCCCUUGACUGCUGAUGAAUAUGCUUUUUUUAAAUGCAUAAAUAAAGGUUUUGUCCCUCAAGUUUCUCGUGCCAUUCAAUUCUGCUAAAACUCUUUUAAUUAAGCUUACAGUGUACUGGUGAAUGUAAAGAAUGUAUGUGUCUUCGGUGUAGACCUUUUAAUGUGUUUCUACCAAGCAUGGUUAUCUCUUUUUCUGCUUCACUGAUCUUUCUGUACCAAUAUAUCUGUGGUUUUGCUGCACUGAAAUGCUCUGAUAGAUUUUACCAGAAGCAAACCUAGGAACAACACUACAAAGUCAUCGCGAAUUGAGUUAAAUCUCUCAUAUCCAGCCCGUUUGCUUUAAAUUUUCUGCAAAAGCCACUGCAAGUACAGUUAAUUCCCGCAUGCUAAAUGUGUGUGGGUGGAUACAGUUUAGUGACGCUGAGUGUAUUUGAAACUAAGAGCUGCUCAUGCUGUGUGGUUAGCUUUAAACACCAGCUAUACCUUAACCACUCACACUACUACCCAACAGCACCUUUGGCUGUCAUUCACCACCGGAUGUUUAUACAGUUCUCUGUGUGGUCGGGUUGAUGCUCACCUGCAACAGAAAGCUGCACUGUCACGUUUAAGGCUUUCGCUGCUUAAUGUUUACCCAAAACAUUUAACUAUUGUUUAGAAACCACACUUUAGUGAAAAAGGACACUUAAGCAUACUUCUAAAAAGAAUGCUUAUUAUUGUAACAACACACUUUAAAAUAAUAUACUGAAAUGCAAACUACAUCAAAUAUUAUCAGACACUGGACUGUAUAUUAAUUGCAAUUAAAUGGAAAUGUGUUAUAUUUUAAAUGCAAUCACCUGAACUUUAGAGGGCUUUUUGACCCACUUAAGUAGGGGUAGGUAUAGUUCACCUAAAAUUCUGUCAUCAUUUACUCACCCUCUACUUGUUAUAAACUUGGA